CCGCCCGCCAUGCCCAAAGUGGUGUCCCGCUCCUUGGCUUGCUCGGAUACGCGCGACCGCGAGGAGUACGGCGAGGGCGAGAAGCCCCUGCACGUCUAUUAUUGCCUGUGCGGGCAGAUGGUGCUGGUGCUGGACUGCGCGCUGGAGAAGCUGCCCCUGAGGCCCCGGGACCGCGCGCGCGUGAUCGACGCCGCCAAGCACGUCUACAAGCUCUGCAACACCGAGGACGAGCCCGAGGGCGCCUAUCUACGCCGGGACGGAGGCGGCGUCGAGCGGCAGUGCCGGAAGAAGUGCGCGCGGUGCGGGCUGCUCCUCUUCUACCGCCACCAGCCCGACGGCGCGCCCGCCACCUUCGUGGUCGACGGCGCCCUGGUCCAGUUCGGGCAGGGCUGGGCCCAGAAGCAGCUGCAACAGCAGCCGCCUCCUCCUCCCGAGAAAGUGAUGGUGACCCGUCGGACGAAGGACAUGGGCAAGUGCGGCUCGGUCACCGUCUCCACCGUCGACGAGGAGGAGGUGGAGAUCCAAGCCAAGGAAGUGGCCGAGUCGUACGCGCAGAACGCGCGCGUGAUCCAGAAGCAGCCGCGCAGGGAGGGCGCUUGCAAGAGGCGGAUGCUGCAGGAAGAGGCCGAGCUGGGAGGCAAGAAGGCCAGAGGGAAAGGCACUCUGAUCGACAAGGAGUUCAAAUAAGAAACGUCCAGAGAGAGGGAUGCGUCGUUUCUUAGGGGGGAAAGGGUGGGGGGCGCACACCACCAUGGGCGUAGCCCAUGUAUUGUAUUGUAAAUCAAUACAAAUCUGAGGUUCUGCCCACCCCCCAACCAAAAUCAUGGACCCCACCCCUGUGUCCUUAUUAUUCAAAUCCUCUUAGGGAUGUUGCCUUUCACUCUAGGGAGGCUUGUGUGCACUAUGUGCCUUCUGAAACAUUUCCCAUUAUUAUUAUUAUUAUUAUUAUUAUUAUUAUUAUUAUUAUUAUUUUGCAUUUCUAGGAAGCACCGCAGCCUUAAUUUCCUAGCAAAAGCAAAGCAACCUUCUCCCAAGAGCGAGCAGAGAGGCGUUAGUCUGCCUCUGUUGUGCUGAGUUACGUUUUUGUAUCUUCAGGUGUAUAUAGAAAUUACCGUGUUAAUGGCAAUAUGUCAAGUUUGUAUUGAUGGAGUUAGAAGCAAAAUGUACAAAAAAAUAGAUCUUUAAUAAGUU